AUGGGAACAACCAAGCAAAACAAAAGCCAUCCUAAAUCCACAAAGCAGUACUUCUUACUGGAGGAAAGAGACAGGCUGAAGAACUCGGCUGGUGGGGUCCAAGGUGGCAGUGCUAAUGCCAUUGCAUCCAACAGAGGAAUAAGCCAGGCCAGCCAGAGCAGUGACAAAGGUGCCUUUUCUGCCUCACAAGAUGACAAGCAGGAGACCAGCCACCUCAAGGGUGUGCAUGGCCACAGUGGGUCCUCACACAGCACGGGGAAUAAACAGGAGGGACUGGAGCUCUGCGUGCAGUCACAGGGCCAUGAUCUCAUUGCAGUCACAGGCUUUUCAGGAAAGACAGGCCAGCAAGACGAGGUGGGGGAGCUGCUCUUUAUGCCACCUGAUGAGAAAGAAGUCAAUGAGUCCUUCUACAGCCAGCUAGAAGUACCCUCACAAUUGCAGGCCCUGGUUCUCGUGGGUGACUUCAACCCCCCUGAUAUUUGCCUGAAAAGCAAGAUGGCGAGGCACACACCAUCCAGGAGGCUCCUGCAGAGCAUUGAGGAUAACUUUUUGACACAGGUUGUGGAGUACCCCGAGUACUUGGACCUUCGCCCGUACACGUCUCACGCGGCUGGGGAGCCCCUCCUCUACUCCUUAUAUGCUGUCGUGGUUGUGGAGUACCCCGAGUACUUGGAUCUUCGCCCGUACAUGUCUCACGCAGCUGGGGAGCCCCUCCUCUACUCCUUAUAUGCUGUCGUGGUUGUGGAGUACCCCGAGUACUUGGAUCUUCGCCCGUACAUGUCUCACGCAGCUGGGGAGCCCCUCCUCUACUCCUUAUAUGCUGUCGUGGUUGUGGAGUACCCCGAGUACUUGGAUCUUCGCCCGUACAUGUCUCACGCAGCUGGGGAGCCCCUCCUCUACUCCUUAUAUGCUGUCGUGGUUGUGGAGUACCCCGAGUACUUGGACCUUCGCCCGUACAUGUCUCACGCGGCUGGGGAGCCCCUCCUCUACUCCUUAUAUGCUGUCGUGGUUGUGGAGUACCCCGAGUACUUGGACCUUCGCCCGUACACGUCUCACGCGGCUGGGGAGCCCCUCCUCUACUCCUUAUAUGCUGUCGUGGUUGUGGAGUACCCCGAGUACUUGGACCUUCGCCCGUACACGUCUCACGCGGCUGGGGAGCCCCUCCUCUACUCCUUAUAUGCUGUCGUGACAAAUUUGAAGGAGUGUGUCUCUGUCUUUUUGCAUAGGAAACAGCUGAAAAGCACUUCUAAGUAUAUUUAUCAGACUCUGUUUGUAAAUGGGGAGAACAGCGAUGUCAAAAUUUGUGCUCUGGGAGAGGAGUGGAACUUGCAUAAGAUCUAUUUGUGCCAGUCAGGCUACUUUUCCAGUAUGUUCAGUGGAGCUUGGAAAGAAUCUAGCAUGAACAUCAUAGAGUUGGAGAUUCCUGACCCAAACAUUGAUACAGAAGCUCUACAGGUGGCUUUUGGCUCGCUGUACAGAGAUGAUGUAUUAAUAAAACCCAGUCGAGUAGUUGCCCUUUUAGCAGCAGCCUGCAUGCUGCAGCUUGAUGACUUAAUCCAGCAAUGUGGUGAAACAAUGAAGGAAACCAUUAAUGCAGAAACUGUGUGUGGUUAUUACAAUUCAGCAGCAACAUAUGGGUUAGACUCUGUGAAGAAAAAGUGCCUGGAAUGGCUCUUGAAUAACCUGAUGCCUCACCAGAGUGUGGCGCUCUUCAAAGACCUCAGCAUAAACCUCAUGAAACAGCUGAUUAGUUCUUCUGACCUACUUGUAGUGCAAGUGGAAAUGGAUGUGUACACCGCUCUCAAAAAGUGGAUGUUCCUCCAGCUAGUGCCUACUUGGAAUGGGUCUUUGAAACAACUCUUAACCGAAGCUGAUGCGUGGUUUGCCAGGCGCAGGAGAGAUUUUGAGGAUGACGUUGCCUUCCUGGAAUCGGAACAGGGGAAUGCAUUCCUGUCGGUGUUCACACACUUGAGAUUACAGUAUAUCAUCAGUGACUUGGCGUCAGCCAGAAUUAUUGAGAGAGAUUCCCUAAUGCCCUCAGAAUGGCUGUCCUCUGUUUACAAACAGCAGUGGCUUGCCGUGCUCAGAGCAGAACAAUCAAGGCAUGUUGGGCCUCAGGAAAUAAAUAAAGAGGAACUGGAAGGAAACAGCAUGAGGUGUGGUAGAAAACUUGCAGAGGGUGGCCAUUACUGCUGGCGGUGGACUGGGUUCAACUUUGGCUUUGACCUUCUUGUCACUUAUACAAAUGGUUACAUCAUUUUCAAGCGGAAUACGCUGGAUCAGCCGUGCAGUGGAUCAGUCAGUCUGCAGCCUCGGAGAAACAUAGCCUUCAGGUUACGUGUAACCUCUUUUGAUAGCAGCGGGAAAGUUACUUUCAGUAGAACAACAGGAUAUCAGAUUCUAACCUUUCAGAAGGACCAGGAGCAGAUAGUGAUGAAUUUGGACAGAAGCCUCCUGACCUUCCCGCUCUACAUCUUCUGUAACUUUUUGUACACAUCGCCAGAGAAGACAACCGACAGCGAGGCACUGCCAGAUAACUCAGAAACCUGAGACCUCUUUAUAUAUUAUAUAUCUAUAUAUUUUAUAUAUAUAUAUAUGGCCUUAGUAUACUCCUAUGCAUAUCUGAAAAGAUCAUCAGAAAUUGUGUAGGCCAAAACUAGUUAUCCCAUAUGUUUUUUUAAUUUCUGUUCUGCACCUGCAGACAGUAGCCAUUCCGUGGUUAAGAAAUGUUAGACUUUUUAUUUUCCUGGGUGAAAACUGAGCCAAAUGGGACAGGGGGAGUUUGUGUGAAUGACAUCUUACGAACUUUCCUGUCAGAUUCUGAGCACGCAUUGUAGGACGCGUGGUUUUUGUAGUGUCUUAUUUGUUUGUGGGUUGGUUUUUUUUUUUAAAUGACUGAUCUGUAAAUACCA